CGAAGCGAAAAUUACUGACUGUUAUUGUUCGGUCUUCGAUUGACAUUUUAUAUUUUGUAAGAGGUUAGAUUAGUUAGAUGCAAUUUAAUGCGGCAUUUGAAAACUUUGGCUAGCCAUCUGGAACUUCUAGCCGGAACGGAAUAGUCAGAGCCUCAGUCGAACACUUACUCUCAAAUCCUCUAAGACUUCCGAAUCGUGUCACGACCUAAAAGUAAAGCUCUGAUACAAUGUCAGAAGAAGAUAGCUUAGAUGUGAAACCAAUCAUCAGUUCUCUGACUGCUGCACAGAGAGCACUCAUUGAAAAAAACAGACUAAAAGCGUUAGAGAUUCGAAGAGCUAAAUUAUUGCCACAUCCUUAUGCUAAAGUUGAUAAAUCAGCUGCUGAAAAAACUGUUACACGCUCCAAAAGCAAUAAAAUUGUUGAUACUGGUGGAGGAUUUUUGCUUGAAGAAGUAGAUGAGGGAAACCUGUUCAAUGACAAUCCAGAAGUUGUCAAGGACCCAGGACCUAUCUUACCUCCUGACUGUCCCAUUUGUGAAGAAUGUCAGAAGGAGUUCUCUGAUUCUUGGUUGCUGAAGUCAUUCAAUCAUUCUGUAUGUGAUGGUUGCAGAGACAAUGAAGACAAACAUGCACUUAUCACAAGGACAGAUGCUAAAACUGAAUACCUACUGAAGGACUGCGAUCUUGACAAAAGACUCCCAUGCCUUAAGUUUAUUGUGAGGAAAAACCCUCAUAAUCCUCGUUGGGGUGACAUGAAGCUAUACCUCCACUUGCAGAUUGAAAAACGAGCAUUGGAAGUGUGGGGAUCAGAAGAAGCAUUAUUGGAAGAAAAAGAGGCGAGAGAUGAAAAACGAAAUGCCUCGAAAGUGAAGAAGUACAACAAGCAGUUAAAAGCCCUUCGGAUGAGUGUGAGGAGCAGCCUGUAUGACCGUACUUCAGCAGCAGCUCACACACAUACCUUUGGUGCAGAGUCUUACAAUGAAGAAGACGACACUUACACUCGUUCUUGCACAACAUGUAAUUUUACUGACACUUUUGAAAAGAUGUGAUCCCACUCUUUUUUAUGGUCACACAUCUCAUAUGUGUGUGUUUCUUUUUAUUGUUUUCUUUUCUGAAGUAACUACUAUAUUUAUUUCACUCUAAGCAGCACACAAUUCUUAUCUGGACCCUAUAUAUUACUGGAGAGUCACAGAAACUACUCUCACAUUAUCUCAAAAUAGGUUCAUGAUUCUAAGCUGCACUUCGACUUUCUGGUUCCAUGAUUGAAAAAAGGGGGUGUUGCUUAGAAUUGAGUAAAUGAGGUAUGUUUGAGUGAAAAUAAUAUGUGUAUCUAUUGAUUCUUUUAGCCCUUGUUCGAGAGAAGUCAAGGAAAUCAGGGCCAGAAAUAGGACUUCAUUUGAAGUAAUUUUGUAUUCUAUACUGUAGAAUUAACCUGCCUAAACACCUCUAUGGUAAUUAUUGAAGCUGAUUUCCUUUAACUUCUUUGCUACAUAUCCAGAGCGGAUAAGGUCUACUAGAAAUUAAACUUGUAUUAUAUUUGGUCCUUAUUCUUAUCUUACCGUACUAUCUGUGUUUUUUCUAACUGUAUUUAUUUUUGUUAUUAUUAGUUUUGUAAGAGAUUUUUUCACUCUCAGGAAACAUUUGAAUGUGUAUCUUCUCUGUAAACAAUAGCAAUAGCACAAUCAAGUAAGUACACUUGGAAAUAUGAAGAGUUUUUUGUAUGCCGGCUAUUAGUAAAUUAGUUAGAGUAAAUUUAAAUUUAUUUUUAUCAUUUAAUGUCAUUUGUAGGAGUGUAGUAUUUUAUUUUCAAAAAGAAGCCCUUCUUUUUAAGUUUUAAUACUGUGAAGCCCUUCUUUUUAAGUUUUAACACUGUGAUAAAGGAAAGUGAUUGUACAUGGAUUUAAGAGUAAGGCCUUUUAAUGUACCCACCACACAGCCACUGAAGGUGGGCCUCGAAUGUACUAUUAACACUGAAAGUAGUGGUGGGUGAAAUGAUGCUCAAAACAGCAUGGUUUGUGUCUCCUAUAAGAAGAGCACUGUGAGAGAGCAUUAUUUGGUGUGACAUGAAUGAAUUAAAUGUCCUUGCAAACACAGUAAGAUGAGAAAGGUUCUACCUUGAAGAACUCGAUUGCUGAAAAUAAAUAUUGGUUGAGUAUUUUAAAA